CAACAAAAGAUGGCCAAGACUUACAGUCCGUUUAUAGGAUUUUGCUUCAUUAUAAACGUAAUCGUUGGGACUGGGUUUCUCGGUGUUCCCUACGUCUUUUGGCAUUUGGGGAUCAUUGCUGGAAUAUUACUUCUAGUCAUUAUUUCUUAUUUCAUCACGUUCCCCGCGUUGUGGACCUUGGAAGUUAUGGCAAGAGCACAGGCUUUAGAAUCGCAAGCUAGUAGUAUUCAAGAAAGUGUUAGAAAAUCUCCUCCAUUUCAAAUAUCUACUGCAAGGCGUUUUGAAGUGAGAGAGCUUUGCUCAAUUUUUCUGGGCAAACGUGUGGGUAGUUUGUACCUGGCCAUUUUGGUUUUUUAUCUAUGGCUUGCUCUGUGGGUGAAUGCACCAAUUGCAGGCUCGGCAUGGUCUACCCUACUUCCACUGAACUUUGGUGUAUUUGAACAAUGCACACAACAGGAUUUUAUUGGAAAAUAUCGCCCUGAAAAUGGCUGCUGGAACUCGUAUGCUCUUUGUGUUGUCUUCUUCGGCAUCAUCGUUGUUCCCAUUUCGUGCUUAGAUAUCAAAGAGCAGGAGUUAUUUCAAGUUGUUAUGUCUUUUCUAAGAUUUGUUCUAAUUGGUGGAUUGGUUCUUUACUCAUUUGCUGCAGAGGUGAGUGGCUUUCAUCCCGGUGCUUCAUUGGGUGAUUCAGAGGUAAUAUCAGAGUCACAUGUACGUUGGACAAAGUUCAAUGUGGAUGGUCUGCUUGCUGCAUUACCUGUUGUUGUGUAUGCACAAUUUCUACAUAUUGCCAUACCAACGAUCGCUCAACCCAUUUCGGAUAAGACAAAACUCGUAUGGGUGAUUUCUUUGGUUUUCGCAACUACGACUAGUCUGUAUGGUCUAUUGGGUUUGACAGUUGCCAUACAUCACAAAGAUGCGAUCAACGAAGUGUGUACACUGAAUUGGAUGAGUCUUAUAUCGCACAAGAGCUUGUUACUGCGGACUUUUGCAUACUUUAUUGUACUUUUUCCGUCUAUCGAUGUCUGUUCGGUCUAUCCGUUGACUGUGAUCGUGCUGUCCAACAACGUGGAGUACUUGAUAACAGGAGAUGCAAGGAAACCUUCGGGUCGUGUCACUCGAACAGUUCAUCGACUAUUCUGGGCAGUGACGCCACUCGUCGGGGCAUUCUACUUGUCAAACAUUGUUGAGCUGACCAGGUAUGCUGGAUUGCUAGCCUUUCUUGUUGCUUUCUGGUUUCCUGCUGCUCUACAAUUUAAAUCCAAGCAGGUCUGCUAUAGAGUUUUUGGUCACAGCAAUACUCUCUACUCAUCAUGGUAUAGCACUACAUUGUAUAUCAAAACCGUAUUUACUAUAGGAGUCAUUGUAACUACAGUCACACUUUUAGGACUUUUGCUUUCUAGUAGAAUGUCUGUCGGAUGUCACGUGGGAAUGGACUCUCUUAGUGCUUCAAUGUCGGGUGCUCAUCGCGAAGUGGUGAGAACGUACAGUCCUUUCGUUGGAUUUUGCUUCAUCAUCAACUACAUUGUGGGGACCGGCUUUUUGGGUAUUCCCUACAUCUUUUGGCACACUGGAAUCGUAGCCGGUGUUAUGACGUUGACGGCUGUGUCACACUUCAUUACCUUUCCUGCUCUGUGGACGCUUGAAGUCAUGGCGAGAGCUCCGGCGUAUGUCGAGAGACAAGAGUCGAUUCAGGGAAAAGAAAGAGACGAAAGUCGGUCUCCAACAUUCGAAAUAGGUACUAACAGACGGUUUGAAGUCAGUGAACUGUGUCGAAUCUUUCUUGGCAAAUACGGUGGUGCAGUUUACCUUGGGAUGGUUCUUGUCUACUUAUGGAUCUCUCAGUGGUUGACAGCGCCGGUAGCCGGAACUGCAUGGGCCAGCCUACUUCCUUUGGAUACUGGCGUGUUUCGUCAGUGUAUCAACGACGAAUUCAAGAACGUCAAUCAUCCCAGUGAUGGUUGCUGGAAUUCGUAUGCUCUUUGUGUUCUUUUCUUCGGUGUCAUCGUCGUUCCCAUCUCGUGUCUCGACAUCAAGGAGCAGGAGAUAUUUCAAGUGUUCAUGGCCAUGAUGAGAUUCGUUCUUAUAUUUUGUAUUGUUAUAUACUCCAUUGCUAAAGAGGCUGUCGACUCGAGUGGUGAACAUCAUGGAAACAAAACGGUGGAUACACGUCCUUCUGUUCCAUAUUUUGGCUUCAACCACAAUGGCUUUCUCGCUGCUAUUCCUGUUAUAGUCUACGCCCAGAUGCUACACUUGGCAAUCCCGACUCUGACUCAACCAAUUUUGAACAAACGCCGUUUGGUUCGAUUAUACUUUGCUGUCUUUAUAACGACGAGUCUCAUUUAUGGUACGUUGGGAGUCACGGUCGCUAUAUACCAACGAGACAACAUCAAUGAAGUCUGCACAUUGAAUUGGGAGGGUCUCACCAAGGCCGGCAAUAUAGGAAUUCGUAUAUUGUCAUAUUUUAUUGUACUCUUUCCGUCAUUCGAUGUGUGUUCUGCCUAUCCGUUGACUGUCAUUGUGAUGGCAAAUAUGGUUGAUUACUUGAUCACCGGCGAUGCCAGUAAGGUACCGGAUCGUCUGACUCGCACCGUGCAUCGGUUCUUUUGGGCCGUCACUCCUCUAAUUGGAGGCGUCUACUUGUCUGACAUCGUCGUGCUGGACAAGUACAGCGGUCUGUUGGCGUUCUUUGUCGCAUUCUGGUUUCCAGCUAUUCUUCAGUAUCGUUCUCAGAAGCUGUGUCGUGACGUGUUUGGCUACAGCGACACUCCCUAUUCAUCCUGGUGGAGCAGACUACCAUUUGUGAUUGGUGUCUUUGUCAUUGGAGUUGCUGUUACGAUAGCAACAGUUGUUGGAUUUUUUCUUCCGGGCACUUUGUCGUGAUUAAUUUUAUCAUAUUUUGUGUGUGCUUUGCUCUUUAUGGUCUGUUGAGUUGUGGUCAUUAAUUGCUUCUAGAAAUGUCACUGUAAAUGGUAGCUGAAGAGUCAGCUGUGGUAUAUAUGGAUUUAUACCAGAUUUAGAUGUAGCACAAACGCUUUUUGCUAAUAAAAGAGAG